AACGUAGGGUGUCAGUUUGCCUCUGGUUGGUUGACACGGUGCGGUGGAUGUGGAAUAUAUAACAGAAAUACUCGCGGACACAGUGAUGCUCAUUCACUGUAAGAGAUUUGACAUUUGUACGAAUACAACGGAAUACGUCAACCCAUGACAACACCGUAGAGAAAGCCUCCGCUUAACGUUUUAACUUUGGCUGGUGAAGAAAAUAACCAACUUUUGAUCUUCUCGUUAUUGUUUCCUCUUCUGUUGUCGCAUAUUCUUCUAACGAACGCUCAAAUGCUCACCGAAGAGCAGCACGUCUAAUAAACACAUUGUCAUAUUUUUAUAUUUAUUUAUUGGUUCUCGAUGGCUCCGAUGGGCAUCUUUCUGUCGCCGCUCGGUAUAACCGUGUUCUGUUUAAUGGGGCUCGGUGUGAUCAAUCACCUGUACGCCGGGGUCCUGUCAAGCAGACUGUCAUUACUCAAACAGAAAAAGACCGUGGAUCUGAGGGAUCUGCUCGCCCUCUCCAUAGAGGCUGCAGUGCAGGGUGGACGGGAGAUAAAGAGGAUCGGGGAGGACAACGCUUUGGAGGAGAAGUCAAAGGGGAAAACUAAAGAGGGAGCCAGCGAAAAGCUCACACUGGGUGAUCUGAACUCUCAUCGCAAGAUGUUUCACCUGAUCCAGAACACUUACCCCCAAUUACAGGUAAAUUCAGAGGAGCAUGAUAAUGCUGAGGGCGAGGCCACCAUAUGGGCACGCCACAUUCCUAAAGAGAUUUUGGAGAAGGUCCCAGGGGAAAAGGAAGUGCUUGCAGAAAGGAUCACUGUAUGGAUUGAUUCACUGGAUGCCACUCUAGAAUACGCAGAAAACCUUCGACAGUAUGUCACCACCAUGGUGUGUGUGGCUGUGGACGGGAAUCCUGUUAUAGGCGUGAUCCACAAACCCUUCACUGGGUACACAGCGUGGGGUUUUGUUGGCGAGGGAGCCAAUAUUGCACCUCGUGCGUCCUAUAACACAAACUCUCCUAAGGUGAUUGUGUCACGCUCACAUGCUGGAAAAGUAAAGAGUUUUAUUCAAUCGGCAUUUGGAAACAAUACUGAAAUUAUACCAGCAGGGGGCGCAGGAUAUAAAGUACUGGCUCUUCUAGACCCUACUGAUGAGGAAUAUGAGAAGGCUGAUAUUUAUAUACAUGUGACGUAUAUCAAAAAGUGGGAUAUCUGUGCCGGCGAUGCCAUCUUGAGGUCUGUGGGAGGACAAAUGACAACUUUGAAAGGAGAGAAGAUUGAUUACUCCAGCUCAGAGGGGAACACAGGUGGCCUGCUGGCCAGUGUCAAAACCGACCACAAAGCAUUGGUGAAGAGACUUCCAAACUUUUUAUCAUAAUGGGUAAAUAUUGGACAAAACACAACGUUGGGUUAAAAUUGACCCAAUGCUGGGUUGUUUUAACCCAACUGCUGGGUUAUUAUACCCCAUGGUUGCAUAACAACAACCCCACAUAAUUUUGAACCCAGCAUUGAGUCAUUUUUAACCCAGCGUGUGUUCUGUCCAAUAUUUACCCAUUAUGGGUAAAAAAAUACCCAGACAUUUUUAGAGUGUAGUCUACUCAUAACCUUUUUGUUUUACGUAAGGAAUAAUUGACGACGGGCCAUUGAAUUAUAAGAAAAUAAUGCACACCAAGGUGGUAAUGCGGCACGACGCGAAGCGGAGUGCCGUUACACCGCAGGUGUGCAUUAUUUUCAAAUAAUUCAAAGGACCGGAGUCAAUUAUUCUGCUUAUACCACGGUUACCACAAACAUUGCUCUGCUGCCUAUUUUUAAGACAUUUGAAAAGUUAGGUGUGCGGUUUACAGAAAAAUAAUCAACACCCAUAGAACAUUUCUCAGCCAAUCAGAAUGCAGCAUUCAACAGACCCGUGGUAUAAUUGUUGAUAUGUUUUAUCAUUGUUUAAAAUGUUAACAUACACAAAGUAGCCAAGCUAAUAAAAAAAUAUGUAAUUAAUAAAUAUUAAAAUUUAGGCUAUUAGUAGAGUGUGCUUUGUCUGACAACUCACAGACUCAGUGCGGGUAAACUGGAGACCACUGCAGUAGGGUAUCCUAAAUUGUUUGAGUAAACAGAUCUAACCUUAACUGCAUAGACUUCCCAAAAUCUGUGCAAAACACAAUCCAUUUUAUCUAAGCAUGAUUUGGGAAUGAAAAGUAUCUUUUAAAGGAAACAAGGAACUCUAACCUUUUGUUCAAAGGUGAUAAUAUGGUCACAGGUUUCGCUUGUGUUUGAUUAAUGACCUAUGAUAUAGAAUCUUAUAUUUUCAUUAGUUUAUAUAAAUUUAUAGCUUUGAAUGCCAUUCUAUAUAAUAUAACUUUAUAUAAUAACUGUUAUAAAGUUUAAAGCAUAAUUUCAUCAAUGUGUGUGUCUGUUUGACCACCACAAGGUGGCAAGCUAGUAUCUUAAAAAGCAGUGGAAGUCAUAUAAGAUAUGUUUGGCAAAAUAAAUGUUUUUAUGAUCUUG